GCGCAAAACAAGGCUGAAUCAACGUUCACCAGAGCAAACAAUGUGUCGCGCGGUCCGACCUGAAGCGGUCGAAGGGCUAGCAACAUGCACGGUCGUUUCAUUCAUUAUUAGCGUUUCAGAGAGAUGUUGAGGUGAUUGCGAUGAUGACAUAAGGCAGAGACUGCAAUGUUGUGGGCGGAGUCCAGGGCUGUCAAGGAGGAAAGUAGGGGUCGUGUGGUGUGGCUGAGUGGCUGUGCGACGCCACAUGUGCCAGCGGGCAGUCGCGACGGAUUGCAUUGCAAACAGCUCGACAACCUCCACACCCCCUGUAACGAUGUUAUGAUCUUUAGCGGUUUCUUUGUGUACUGCCACGUCUAGACACCACCAUGGAUGAUCUCAAUGGCCUUGACUGGUCACAGCCCGCCAAACAGCCCGCGACCACCCCCGCGGCGUUCCCUCCCUUCCGCCAGAGCCCCACGCAGCAGCUUUCUGGCCGCUCCACACCUCUCUCGGAGUUGUCUACACAGCAGUCCAGAGGCGCUCAACAGCCCAACCCUUUCAAAGCUUCCUCGAAACCCGCGACCCCCGCCAAUGACAGCUUUGCCAGCUUGAUCUCCAGCAAGAGCUCGAGACCCGCGGGAUGUGGCCUCUCGUUGCAGGAACGGCAGAAGCAGCUUCAGGAAGAGAAGCUGAGGCAGGAGGCAGAGCGCAGGAAGCAAUAUGACGCAAGCUUUGGUGGCGCGGACUCGCAGUUCUGGAACAAUGUAGAAAGCGGGAAGAGCACACCGGAGCCCUCGACUCUGGGAGCCAUUCCUCUACCUGGCCCGAAUAACCCCUUCAGCAAGCAGACACUGUCGCAGACUAUCAACAAGCCAUUCGCCGGUCUCGACACUACCUCGAAGCGCCCCAUACCAUCUCCUCCCGCUGACGACCUCCUCGCUGCAUUUAACUCAGCAGCUCCGGUAGAUAGGUCGAGCCACUUCCCUCCUCCCUCCAACAGCAGCGGCCGAAGUACUCCGGCGCUCAUUGCGACCGCUUCGAGGGGCCAUACACCUCUACCGCAACCUUCAAACGUAUACGCGUUUGCAGACGAUGAUGAUGAUAUGUUCGGUCUCAAACAAAUGGCACAGAAGUCGGCGUCACCCGCUCCCCCACCACCCGCCAACAACGAUGAUGACGACAUACUUGGCUUACUGGGAAAGCCCGUGGAGGAGUUCAAAAGGGAAGAGCCGAAGCCAGCCGUGGAGGAGCGUCAACAGGAAACACGACGUGAGAGGUCUUCGAGUCCCAUGAACGCUCAUGACAGAGCUGUUGCUGAGCUUGUAGACAUGGGCUUUUCAGCGGACAAAUCUGCGAUUGCACUCGCGACUACUGAUUCUGGGCUAGACGUCCAAGCAGCUGUAGGAUGGAUACUGAACCAGGCGCAUGCGGAAGCUAAGCAGCGAACACAAGAGCCCAGCCAGGAUCGUUCGCGGCGAAGACCUGGCGAGUCGCAGGAGCGCCCAAGUCGAGGCAACAGCAGACCCAGCGCAAGGGAAGGCCGUGGCAAUGAGCCUGUGCCAGCUUGGAUGCGGGACGAAGAUGCUCGAAGUCGCUCGGGCCAGCGUCGACAAGACGGACAGAAGCAAGAGAAGGACGUCACGCAGGUUGCCUCCGAGAUUGGCAGCAGCCUGUUCAAGUCGGCCAACUCGCUCUGGAAGACAGGUCGAAAACAAGUGCAGAAAGCCGUAGCCGACUUCCAGCAAGAUGGUAGUGACCCGAGUGUCCCCAAAUGGAUGCGUGAUGCACAGGCGGCGGAAGCAGCACCAAGGUCGAGCAGGCCACAACGGAAUGACGCUAGCGCAACCGACGAAGCCAUGAUGUUGGAAGCUGGAGGACGCCCUACCAAGCCAGCCCGGCAAAGUGAACAACGCCAGCGACAUGACGAAUUGCCGGUGCGACAGAGGAGAGAGCAGGAUGCAUCACGCAAUGGCGUCCCAGACAGGAUGUCAUCGCAAUCUCCUGCUCAACGUCAGCCCACUCCGGGCUUUGACAAGAGACCUGCAGCGCGAUUGACUCGGCAAGAUGUAGAAGAACAAAGCGCUCAAGCAUACGUCAGUCCAGCGCGCCGGAAGAAAGCAACACCACAGCCUCAGCCGGAGGUCGAUUUAUUCUCGCCGGAACCCACACCGUCAGCAUUCAAGCCGCGCCAGCCAGUACAAGCUCAGUCGAACAAUCCAUUCCUUCAGGCAACCUCAACACCCAAAGCACGGAGUCCCGCUCGCACACCUUCUCCACCCAGGCCGAAAGCACCGCCUCGAAGAAUACCCUCCGUAUCUUCAUCCGCGCUUAGCACGUCUGCUAGGGACCGUCAGAAGGGCUCAGAAGCUUUCAAGCGUGGCGACUAUUCUGCUGCCCAUACCGCUUACUCGUCUGCAUUGGGUCCUCUCCCUGAUACACAUCCAGUGACAAUCAUCGUACUCUGCAAUCGAGCUGUGACCAACAUCAAAGUCGGUGAUCCGAAAGCAGCGAUUGCCGACGCCGAUGCUGCACUAGCUAUCAUCGGCGUAUCCAAGGGAGAGGGCGAGAAAAUCGCUUCAGGCGGUACUGAGGGUGACAAGGACAUGAAGGAGUUCUACGGCAAAGCACUGAUGCGCAAAGCGGAGGCGCUUGAGCACAUGGAAAAGUGGGCAGACGCGCACAAGGUCUGGAAGGUGGCCGUACAGGAUGGAGUUGGCGGUGCCAUAAGUAUAUCAGGGCGCAAUAGGUGUGAGAAGGCUGCUGCCGGCGGGAGCAGUGCGUCUGCGCCAGUAUCUGUCAAGCGCCCGCCUGUCCGGAAGCCAGCACCAAAGCUAUCUGCAACGUCAGAUCUCGGUGGUAGUGCCCCUGAUUCGGAAGCUGUAAAGAGGCUGAAGCUCGCGAACGCUGCAGCUGAGAAGGCUGAUGACGAGAAGUUCGCUCUUACCGAUCAGGUCGACGCGAAGCUCAUAGCUUGGAAGGGUGGAAAGACCGAUAAUUUGCGUGCGCUGCUGGGAUCAUUGGACAACGUGCUCUGGCCGGAGGCUGGGUGGAAGAAGGUCGGCAUGGGCGAUCUUGUGAUGCCGAACAAGGUCAAGAUCAAUUACAUGAAGGCGAUUGCUAAGGUGCAUCCCGACAAAAUUCCGCAAUCGGCCACCACAGAGCAGAAGAUGAUAAGCGCGGCAGUCUUUGCAACGUUGAACGAGGCUUGGGACAAGUUCAAGACGGACAACAACCUUUGAUCUCGUGGGCAUCGAGACCUCCAUCUUCCACAGAGCACCAGCCUUGUGCGAAUGAAAUAUGAUCUUCGCUCAUUGGAUACAAUAUAGACAUUUGAUACCUAUCACAAUCUAUUUGUUUUGGC